AUGCCAAUCCAGGCGCCGCAAUGGACGGACUACCUCAAUUGUCCAGUGUGCUGCCGAGAAUUUGGCCCUCCACCAAGAAGCCCUAUCAGUCUUGGAUGUGGGCACACCCUUUGCGGGCAUUGUCUUAAACAUUUGCAUCGAAAGCAAUGCCCUUUUGAUCAGACAGUAAUCCACGCAGAGCCAGACGAAUUAGUAGUGAACACGGCGUUACUUCAGCUCGCUGGAUACACGCCGCCCGCGCAGCCCUACCACCCGCCCGCCAUCAAAGCCCUACCCGAGCAUGACCGACAGGCCUAUGACAUCAUCGUGCGCUGUCUCGAACACCUCGCCAUAUACCUUAAACUCUGCGGUAAUGCAAGUAAUAGCACGGCGGGUAAUCGUCUGUCGAGGCCUAUGCAGCGAAAAUUGGUCACGUUGCUGCAAUGUGCCAUCACAGAUGAAGAGGGUAGGGGCAGGGCAGCCAGGGCGGCGCGGUCUCUGGGAGAGAGGACUGUUACCGAACUAAUAUUGCAACAUCAGAAUCCUCAGCAGCUUAGCGCUAACCUGUGGGCGGCGGUACGAGCCCGCGGUUGUCAGUUCUUAGGACCGGCAAUGCAAGAAGAAGUGUUGAAGUUAGUGCUCUUAGCACUAGAAGAUGGUUCCGCCCUUUCCAGAAAGGUGUUAGUGAUGUUUGUUGUCCAAAGAUUAGAGCCUCACUUCCCACAGGCUUCCAAAACUAGUAUAGGCCAUGUCGUCCAGCUUCUUUAUAGAGCUUCUUGUUUUAAGGUAUCAAAACGUGAAUGUGAUUCGUCUCUGAUGCAACUGAAGGAAGAGUUUCGUACAUACGAGUCGUUGCGUCGGGAGCACGAUGCCCAAAUAGUACAAAUAGCCACCGAGGCCGGCCUUCGAAUUGCCCCAGAUCAAUGGAGUGCUUUACUGUAUGGAGAUACGGCCCAUAAGAGUCAUAUGCAGAGUAUUAUAGACAAACUACAAACACCACAAUCGUUUGCCCAAUCAGUCCAAGAACUGUUCAUCGCGCUGCAAAGGACUGGUGACCCCGCGCAGUUGGUGGUCAUGAGUAUGCAUCUCGAUCGCCUAGCAAAUAUAGACGCUAGUCCUGAUGCGAAAAGUCCAACGUGGCAGCAGUUGGCUGAAAUAAUAACGUCUAUUAAGGAGGUUGUUUCGGGUUUGAUCCACUACCUUCAGCAACAGGCCACCGGUCGGGACUCGAACCACAAUCAGAAACACCUCCAAGAGCGUUGUAUUGAUCCUUCCACCAGCCAACCGUCGCCUCAAAGUGCGACGACCCCAACACACAAGUACAAGACGUCAAUGUGCAGGGACGCUGUGGCGAGGUCGUACUGUCCCAGAGGCAACGCGUGCACGUUUGCGCACUUCGAAGAAGAAUUGGAGAGAUACAGGGGCGUGCCGAACGCGAGCCAGCCGAUAAACGGCAACUACAGCUACAUGCCGCUGCCGCUGCCGCCGCCGCCGCUCCUGCCGCAGAUGUACCAGCGCUUCCCGCUGCCCCCGCACGCCCCGGCCCCGCACCCGCCGCCGCCGCCGCACCCGCCCCAGCACACGCAUAUAGAUAACUACACCGUGCCACCCAUCCAACCGAUCGCCACACAAACGAUACCUCAAGAAAUGCUUGCUGCUUCUAACACAGAGUUUGGAAAUGAGAAUCCACGAUCCGACUGUAUUCAACCUUCGAAUUACGCCUCGACUCUCAUGCAUAACCAAACGCCAUUGGGAAUUAAUCAAAACGGUAUCAUGAUACCGAUACCGGAGCGUCCAUACUAUGGUCGCUUUGGAAUGGUGACCAUUCACGAUGAACCAUCUAGCAACAUGCAGUUCCCAAGGCCAGAGUUCGUGAACCCCGUAUACCAGGGGCCAAAUAAUACUGGCCCCAUAGCGAACUACCAAAAUCAAGACAAUCUAGCCCCACCUCUGCCAAAUAUGUUUGUGCCGAUUCAACAUGAAGCCUCAAGAAAUAUAAGUCCCUAUACUUUUGAUGAUCCAAUAACAUCAGAACUAUUACCUGACUACCGCGUGAAAGCGCCGGGCUUCGCCCCCGUGCCUCGAGAGCGUCGCAUCGAACCCUCUUGGCCUCCUACCAAUAACGUAUUUAACUUCGACGCGAUGAGAAACACGUUGCAACACGGCUCGUCUACAACUGAAGAUAUAUUCGCAGUGCCUGGCGACAGGCGUGCAGUCGGCGCGGACCGGCUCGCCGUGGAGAGACUUGCUGCUUCUGACCUCGCGAAUAGGGCAGAUGAUCAGGAAUUAGAGGAAGAGCUUCAGGCGUUAGAGAGACGCAUCGAUACCGAAUUCAAGAGUACUGAU